UAACAUUUAAGCUAAGGCACGAAGGGAGUGAGGGCAGGAGCCAGGCAGCUCCCGGGAGAAGAGUCCCCUGAGAGAGAGUCCUGCCGCCUUCCUGGGCCCCGGGCUGGGCCGGGGACACAGAUGGGGGCCAGGAGGCCGUAGGCCAAGUAAGUUUUGGACUGCCUGGUUUAGAAGGUGCCAACCGGAUCUGUGCUCCCUGUAUUUUGCAGCUAUGGAAUCUCUGCCCUCAAGACGGAGACAGUGAUGUUUGAAAAGUACUACAACAAACUGGGUCCCAGGGAUCAGAAAUUUCCACGAUUAUCAGAGGUUAAAAUGACAGGACAAGAAUAUGCACAGUUCCGGAGCAGGCGUCAGUCCAGGACCCGCCCGGACCGAACCGUAGGCCUGACCCUGGAGCAGAAGUGCCAGCUGAUGCAGAGGGAGCUGGAGGACGCCAAGGAGACUAUCCGGCACAUGCGCGCCAAUGCCGAGCGGGACCUGCAGUACCAUGAGGCUAUAAUUGAGGAAGCGGAAAUCCGGUGGGCAGAAGUUCAGAAAGCAAUGUCCAGCUUUGAAAAAGAUAUUCUGACGAGUAUAUCCAAGAAGAAAGGCAGCAUCCUGGCCACGCAGAAAGUGAUGAAGUACAUCGAAGACAUGAAUCGACGGAGGGAUGAUAUGAAGGAUAAAUUACGUUUGAAAAAUGUUUCUCUCAAAGUCCAGAAGAGAAAAAUGCUUUUACAGCUGAGGCAGAAGGAAGAGGUGGGCGACGCCCUCCACGAGGUCGACUUCCAGCAGCUGAAGAUCGAGAAUGCGCAGUUUCUAGAGAUCAUUGAAACGAAGAACAGCGAACUGGUCCAGCUGAAGCUGGUCUCUGGAAACGCCCUGCACAUCCUCAGCAUGCACAAAAGCCGACUCCACCAAGCCCUGGAGCUGUCUUCCCAGCUGGACAGGGAGAUCCGUCUGAGGGACGAGCUCCUGAAGAGAGUCGAGAAAGAGAGUGUCCAGGCAGAGGAGGGCCGGGCCAAAGCUGAGGCCAUAAAUAAGAAACUCCGGAAGCAGCUGGCAGAGUUCCGGGCGCCGCCCGUGAUGGUGUAUGUGCAAGAGAAGAUCCGGAACGGGGACCUGGAGAAGACCAUCAAGAUGUGGGAGAGGAAAGUGGAAAUCGCAGAGCUGUCCCUGAAGGGCUACCGCAAGGUUUGGAAUCAGAUGAAGAUGGCCAGUGAGUACUUGCAGGUGGCCAGCUCGCCGGGAGACAGCUCGAGGGAGGUCAGCGAGGACUCCCCCAAGGUCAUCCAUUAAAAGACUCUCUGCUCCUCUCCAGUCCCCGGGGGUCUUCUCUGCUACGUGCCCGCCGACGCCACCAACUCUCCAGCCGGGCUGACAGUCACUUCCCUGGGGCCACAGCUGGGC